CGAUACUAUGUUUGUCCCUCUUUUAUUCUCCACAGCAAUGGAGUUUCAUGAAAACCUGCACAAUAUAGGAGCAAGAGAAGGCCUAAAAGAAAGAAAACUACAAAAAUCAGUAGAAAGUUUUACAUGGAACAUUACAAUUUUAAAGGGACAAGCUGAUCUUCUCAAAUAUGCUAAAAAUGAAGCACUGGAGAAUCUGAAGCAAAUUCAUUAUGCCACUCUUUCAUGUGGACUUAAUAAGCCAGGCACAGAAAAUGCAGAAAUCUCAAAGCCUCGUCGAAGUCUGGAGGUCAUACCUGAAAAAGCAGGUGAUGAAAACGGAGAAUGAGAGAAGGCUCUUCUCAUAAUUUUGGAGUUUAUAACUCUGUGACCAAUUGUAGCUGCAUAGGACAUUUGCUUUGCACUUACUGUUGGAAAUAUUUGGAAUUUUUAAAGCACAACUGGAGAAGCUAAUUACAAUCUAUUGAAACUGUGAAUGUAUGUAGCAACUCUGCUUGUGAAGGCAAUGAUUUUGUGUAACAUGGAAAUUACAUUCUUGGCCUAAAUAUAGCAUAUAUAUGUAAAAGAUACUGUAAUUCAGUAAUUGCGUGAGGAGAAGUUCAUUGUAGGGCCAUCUGAUUUCCAUUAAAAAAGGAACAUUUUUUAAAUGAGAUGUAACUAGCAGGAAAUCAGUUAACAGAAUUUGGAAAGAUGCCUUGAUUUUCAAACCAAUUCGAUGCAAAGGUUGUUUCUUUAUUUGCACAGUUUGUUAAUUGUGCUAGUGAGAUAUAUUAUUCUUUUGGAAAUCAGGUCUAAAAGAGUGGAAUCCACAUGUUUCAUACUAUAUGUAAUUCAGCCACUUGGAUAUUUGGGUUUGGAGUGGUAUUGAUUUUAUUGUUGAGCCAUAAAUUAAAAUGAGAAUGUAAUUAGACAGUGAUCACUGACUUCAGUGCACUAUAGGAGAGCCAUUAUGUAAAAGGAAAAUGUGCAAUCAAUCUGAUAGCCUAUGUCAGAAGAAGAUACAUACCUAUUUUGCCUAAGAUCUUCUGCAAAUGUGUGUAGAUAAUGUGACCAAACUGCAAGCAAAACGAUGUAAAUAGUUUUUCAUUUUGUGAAGUGAAGUGCUCAUAUUAAAAAGAGUUUUAUGAGAUUGCUCCCAAACAAGUAAAGCUUUUAACUAAAUUUUAACUUUUUUAUUUUUUGAGUAUUUUCUUCCUUACAGAAUAGGUGAUAUCUCAAUAAGCAGGUUUGUCAAAAAAUAAAUCAAUUGCUGUUCUGAUUCUGUUUUGGUUUUCUGACAACAUUAGGUAAAGGUAUUGUAGCUGAUAUGCUCAUUGUAAAAUGACUAUACCAACCUAGAGUGUUCUCUUACUGUUUCUGAUUUAACAAUAAAAUGGACUAUAUAAUUACAGAAGCUAAUAAAUUUGAAGAAAAACAAGUGAAAUCUUA